AUGUCGUAUAAUCGCCUAAACGACGAUUACUACAACAACAACGAGAUGGAUCCUCGUAUAGAUCCUCGUUACGGCGCGCCGCCCAUGGCUCACCCGCAUCGAACACCUUCGCCAAGUCAACCGCUCCAGCCUGGCUACCAGCUCGACGAUAACCCCUUCGACGAUGGUCGCUAUGGACAGUAUGGCGCUUCCUCACAACAUCUUGCUUCUCAGCAGCAUCUCGCUAUGCCAACGCCCGAUCCUCACGGCAGAUUAGCCACCCCCAGCGACCACUUAAACCUCAAUGCCGCUCAAUCAGUGGACAACCUGUCCGGUUAUGGACCUCCUACACAUGACUACGCUGUGAACCCAGAAGCGCACCACGACGCCUAUUACAACCAACCCUACGAGCCUCGCAUUCAACAGCCCUACGAUCAAGGGUACGAGCAGGACUACGAUGUGCCAGACAACCGACCUAUGCUUUCUCAUCAGCAGUCUGAAGCCCCCAGCGACUACCAAGAUCAGCCCCAACAAGGCGGUGGAAUAAAGCGUUGGAAAACCGUUAAGCAGGUUCUGCUGUACCGCGGUAACCUUGUUCUGGAUUGUCCCGUUCCUCCGGUUCUUUUGCAGCAGAACCCCCACGGAGAGCGCGAUGAGUUCACACACAUGCGAUAUUCCGCUGCUACUUGCGAUCCUAAUGAUUUCUACGACCACGACUUCACCCUGCGACAGAGGCUCUUCACCAAGCCCCGACACACUGAGCUGUUCAUUGUUGUGACAAUGUACAACGAGGACGAUAUUCUGUUUGCCCGAACCAUGACCGGUGUCUUUAAGAACAUUGAGUACAUGUGUAACCGACCGAACAGUAAGACAUGGGGUAAAGACGCUUGGAAGAAGAUCGUUGUCUGUGUCGUCAGCGAUGGUCGUUCCAAGAUCAACCCCCGAACCAGGGCAUUGUUGGCUGGUAUGGGUGUAUACCAGGAAGGUAUUGCGAAGCAGCAGGUAAACGGAAAGGACGUCACGGCCCAUAUCUACGAGUACACCACACAGACUCACCUUCAGAUCAAGAACGAUGUUGUACAACUUGUUCACAGACGUCAGCCCGUUCAGAUGCUUUUCUGUUUGAAGGAGAAGAACGCCAAGAAGAUCAACUCGCACAGAUGGUUCUUUACCGCCUUCGGUAGAGUCUUGGACCCCAACAUUUGUGUCCUUCUCGAUGCUGGUACGCGCCCUGGUGGAAGCUCAAUUUACCAUCUCUGGAAGGCCUUUGAUCUCGAGCCCAUGUGCGGUGGUGCUUGCGGUGAAAUCAAGGCUAUGUUGGGUACUGGUGGAAAAUACCUUCUGAACCCGUUGGUCGCUGCCCAGAACUUUGAGUACAAGAUGAGCAACAUUCUCGACAAGCCUCUGGAGUCUGCAUUCGGAUUCAUUUCUGUGUUGCCCGGUGCUUUCUCAGCUUACCGCUAUGUUGCCCUCCAAAACGACAAGAACGGAAAGGGUCCUCUUGAGAAGUACUUCCUGGGAGAAACCCUCCAUGGUGGAAGUGAUGCUGGUCUUUUCGAGUCCAACAUGUACCUCGCUGAAGAUCGUAUUCUUUGCUUCGAGCUUGUCACCAAGCGCAACUGUCACUGGAUCCUGCAAUACGUCAAGUCCGCUACUGGUGAGACUGAUGUUCCCGAUACAGUGACAGAGCUGGUUCUCCAGCGACGUCGUUGGUUGAACGGUUCUUUCUUCGCUGCUAUCUACGCCAUUGUCCACUUCCUCGAUUUCCUCCGGUCCGAUCACAGUUUCCUCCGAAAGUUCGCUUUCUUCAUCGAAUUCAUCUUCAACACUAUCAACAUGAUCUUCGCUUGGUUUGCUAUUGGCAAUUUCUUCCUGGUCUUCAAGAUUCUUACGACGAGUUUGGGUGACGAUCUAUUACUCGGACGGACUGGAGAGAUUUUAGGUGUGGUUUUCACCUGGCUCUACGGUGUAUUCUUGAUUACCUGUUUCGUGCUAUCACUGGGUAAUCGACCAGCAGGCUCUGGUAAACUGUACACCGCCAUGUGUUGGUUCUGGGCUGCUAUCAUGAUCUAUCUAAUGUUUGCUGCAAUCUUUAUCUCGGUCAAGGCUAUCAUUCAAGAUGUCAACGACUCAAAUGGCUUUAAUAUUAACGACAUAUUCAAGAACAAGGUCUUUUAUAUGCUGAUUAUUUCGCUCAUGUCGACAUACGGUAUUUGGUUAAUCGCUUCGCUGAUCAUGUUGGAUCCCUGGCAUAUGGUUACCUCAUUCGCUCAGUACAUGCUUCUCACACCUACCUUCACCAACGUCCUGAACGUUUACGCUUUCUGUAACACACACGAUGUUUCUUGGGGAACCAAGGGUGACGACAAGGUUGAGAAGCUGCCUUCGGUCAACACCAAGGACGGUACUGGAAAGACAGAUUUGCCCGACGAGGGAGAUUUGAACGCGCAAUACCAGCGAGAAAUCGGUGUAUUUGCUCAGAAGCAUGUUGAGGUCAAGACUGCGCCCACCCCCAGCAUUCUCCAGGAGAAGCAGAUGGACUACUACAGAGGUGUACGAACUGGUGUCGUUCUCAUCUGGAUGGUCACCAACUUUGGUCUCGCAGCGCUCGUCCUUAGUUCGGCCGGCCUGGACCGAAUCAGCUCCAAGGAGGAUGAGGAGGCAGAGAAGCUGAGCCGUUCUAACAUUUACAUGUCCAUUGUUUUGUGGAGUGUGGCAGGUCUCAGUGCGUUCAAGUUCAUCGGUGCCAUGUGGUUCUUGGUUGUGCGCAUGUUCCGAGGUGUCUAG